CGAAAAACCACCAACCAACGAAGCAUCUUCAAGAAAAAAAGAAAAAAAAAAAAAACAAGCCAUGCUCGAGCCAUUCGCAUCAGAGUUCACACCCUAUCUCGAAUAUCUCAACAAGACUUCGAACCUGAUCAUCAAGCUCAUCAAGCUCAUCCCUGGCUCAGACAUCUUGAUCCGAUACGUCAAAUCAUCCCACCAGAAUGACCCCUUCCGCACCUUCCUCGAACUCUCCCUGGUCUUCUUCAUCAUUCGAACCUGGAGACAGUCUCGGACCAGAGGCGAUGUCGGCAGCGGGAAAAGUUUCGUCAAACUCACUGAGAAGGAAAUUGACGAAUUGAUAGCCGAAUGGAAGCCAGAGCCACUAGUAGAGACGGCCGUCCAAACCACCCAACUGAAAUCCCAGCCGCCGAUCAUCGUCGGGAUCCCGGGCGUACGAGCCAAGAUCUUGCAUGGGCAGGCCGCCAAGAAGUUCAUCGAGAGUCCCUCGCACGACUCCCCGAUCGAUCCGAAGGACCUCAAAGAAGUCACCAAUCUGGCAAGCAUCAACUUUGCUGGCUUGAUCGGUAAUGAGGAUGUCAAACAUCGGGCAAUCGAACAGCUCCGUAGAAGUGGCGUCGGGAGUUGCGGGCCUCCUGGUUUCUAUGGCACCUUUGAUGUCCACAUGGAAUUAGAGCGAGACAUUGCGGAUUUCUUAGGGCUCCAAAACUCGAUAAUCUAUGCGCAAGGCUUCUCGACGACCUCGUCAGUGAUCCCAUCAUUCAGUAAGCGAGGGGACAUCAUCGUCGUCGAUCGGGGUGUGAACUUCUCGAUCCAAAAGGGCAUCCAAAUCUCUCGCUCGACGAUCAGAUGGUACGAUCAUAACGAUAUCGGAAGCCUCGAAAAAGUCCUCGAACAACUCAAGUUCGAGGAAAUCAAAUACAGACGAAAGUUGACUAGAAAGUUCAUCAUCACCGAGGCUCUCUUCGAAUCCGAUGGUCAGAUUUGUGAUCUUCCUGCAAUCAUCAAGUUGAAGGAAAAAUUCAAAUUUAGGUUGAUACUCGAUGAAACUUGGUCGAUAGGCAGUUUGGGAAAAACGGGACGUGGGCUAACCGAAUACUUUGGCGUACCGCCAAAAUCGGUUGACAUUUUAGUCGGCUCAUUAGCGACGAGUUUCAACUCAGGGGGAGGAUUCUGUGCGGGUUCGAACGAGGUAGUUUCUCACCAACGGAUCAACUCAGCCGCACUGGUCUUUUCGGCUGCUCUGCCGCCGCUCCUAGCCACCGCUGCAUCAGAGUCGAUCAAGAUCCUCAGCGAGGGUGAUGGAGUGGCUCGGUUUGAGAGGCUGCGAAAGAACACGAGGUUGUUGAGGGAGGUCCUCAAGCCGAUCACCGGCCAUCCGAUGAGCGAGGAAGGGCUGAUCGAAAUCCCUUCCCACGAAGCGUCGCCCCUGAUCCACAUCACUCUCAAAUCGUCCCCGCAACAACAGCCGCCAUUAUCAGCAACAUCAACCAAGGCCACACCGAAUAACGAACUGAGUCCGCAUUGGAGUCCCAGACAAUUGGCUAACCAAGCCCUACCUUCCUUUGGUACGAAGAUGAACAUGAGACCAUACGAGGAACAGGAAGAGCUUCUGCAGAAGAUCGUCGACCUUGCGAUCGAGGAGAAGAACGUGCUGAUCACUCGGACUAAGAAGGUCUGGGAACAAGAGAUCGACCCGAUGUCUCCGUCCCUUCGGAUCUGUGUCUCUGAAGCUCUUCAUACCGACGAGCUUAUUCGGGCCGCUAAUAGUCUCGUCGAGGUCUUCAAAAAAGUUUUGGUCGAGUGAUCCUCCCCAUUUCUUUUUUUUUCUCCUCGUUCACAUCAACCUUUCUGGACAUACACACUCCCAGUCUCACUCUGAUACGCAUGCUCUCUCUCUCUCUCUCUAUAUUUCUCGAUCCCUUCUGAUCUCUCUCCCUUUCUCUCUCAUACAUCUUCGUUGCUCGACAGAACUUUACAUCGUUGCUUCUCGUGUUUCUUUGUACAUCUUAUCAUGCUAUGGAAGAUGGAUUCACCAAUUAUUAUCAUCUCCCUUUUCAAUUCUAAUCCAUAUGGGACAGUCGCAUAUAUGUAUACAUAUACAUAAGGAGAGAUCUCGGAUCGAUGAUCACUCCCAGGUCGAUCAAGAACAUG